AUGGUUCUAAACAUAAAGGAGCUUAACAAAUAUGUCCCUUAUAAACACUUUAAGAUGGAGAAUUUUGAGCAGGUCAUUAGACUGAUCAAUGCUGGGGAUUAUCUUGCUUCUGUGGACCUUAAACAUGCCUAUUACUCUGUUAGGAUUGCGGAAGAGCAGCAGAGGUAUUUAUGCUUUAAGUGGGAUGGCAUUUUCUAUCAGUUCACGUGUCUCCCUAAUGGCUUUUCAGAGGGCCCGAGGAUUUUUACUAAGUUGAUGAAGCCUGUGUUUGCUGCGCUCAGGGGUAUGGGUUACACCAUUACUAGCUUUAUAGAUGACAGUCUGUUGUGUAAUCAGUCUAGGGCAGGUUGCAUUGCUUGCAUUAAUGACACCAUUGCUCUUUUGCAGAAGUUAGGUUUCUGCAUUAACAGUAAGAAGUCUGUGUUGGUCCCUACCAGGUGUAUUGAGUACUUAGGAAAUGUGAUUAAUACUACUUCUAUGACAGUUUCUUUACCUGAACGCAGGGUUCUCAAGGUUAUGACUGCUUGUACGGAUCUUAUAAAAAAGUCCUCAGCUAGGAUCCGGGAGGUAGCUAGGGUUAUUGGUCUACUGGUGGCUGCCUUCCCGGCUGUGAAAUUUGGCAAGUUGCAUUACAGGCACUUAGAGAAAGAGAAAAUUGCAGCUUUACAGACAGGCUUUGGAGACUUUGAGCUCUGGAUGCCCAUAACAGAUGCUAUGAAGGCUGACCUGCAAUGGUGGCUUGAUAAUGUUGCUACACAGGUUCAAAAAAUUUUUACUUCUGGCACUGAGAUUGAUUUGUAUACGGAUGCCUCCACUCUAGGUUUGGGUGACCAUCUCCAACAUAGGUCUACAUCUGGCAGUUGGUCAAUGGUUGAGAAGUCCCUGCAUAUUAAUGCUCUGGAACUUAAGGCUAUUUUAUUUGCCCUUCAGGCUUUUCAUCUUGAACCAAAAGGGAAACGUGUGGGUUUUUUGUGA